UGGUACGUAUUACUUUUUAACACCGCUAAACGCGCUUACAGUUAAACUUUAUAAGCGCUCUUCGCAUCGAUGCGCAGAUAGAGCCAAAGGCACUUCGUUCUGAACUCUGGCUAAGACUGUUGCCGGUGAAAGAGUAACCAGUGUCUCACUAAUAACAACAACAGUCAUUAUCAACGGACCCGCUCCGGUAAACGGAUUGAGACUGACCAAGACCAAGAAAGAAGCACCUUCUUCAUGAUUAUGCUGAGCAAGAACGAGACUUUGCAGAACCAAUAUAUGUACCAUAUAAAACUAAAAUGUUAAGAAGAGCCUUAAUUCAUUGCGGUUCUGUGUAUCGUGGCGGUAACAAGUCUUAUAAGUGGCAUUGAAAUUGAGCAAAUCGCAACAAGUGGUUGCUUCGAAUCGAAAUCAAUGGAUAGUGUUCGAUGAUUUAAGUAGGACUUAAACUCAGGUGUGCACGACUUAAGUGACUUUGGAAGAGCAGUACGAAAGUGAACAGUGCAUUAGUGCGAAACACAAUACUAAAAGCGAAUCAUUACACGAGAAGAGCAAGAACCAGCGAUAAUGCGACCUCUAAAAUACAUUGCAAUUGGAGUUUUUCUCUUGGUUCUGAUUCAGUCAAGUUAUGCACAGUUCAAAAUACUCGGCGUCACGUCAGGUCGUUCCAGCAGCGACAACGUCGAACUUGCACUAGUGCACAUCCGACCUUUGCUGCAGAGCCCGGCAAAACCGGUCGCGUCAAGAUCAUUUGAAGAUGCCCCGGUAUCAAUCGCAAUUAGCACCAGCGAACCAGUGACGGCAGCAGAUAAUGUGCGCAUCGAACCUGAGGGUAGCAAAAUUAUCAAGCUCCAAAUUAUGGAUCCUUCAGCAGCUCGCAAUAUAUCAACAAGGGAACGAAAAUUGCAAUACAGUAACCUUCUCACAGAUAAUAACAUUAUAAACAUCGCUCCGUUGAAGCCAACCUCAAUUCCCACAACAACAAACGGUCCCAUACCAUCUCACCGUAGAAGAGCUACUGGGUCAACUGUAUUGAACGGGGAUUCGGAGUUGUUCUACAUACGUACACCUUCUUCUCCCGCGCCCUUCAAAAAGCAUUAUCAAACUAAAGAAAAUGACAUCAUUUCUGAUUUCGUACUGCAACGAUACAAACGCCGGAAGUACAAGUCAAAGUGCCGCUGUGAACGUAUCUGGAACUGCCCACGAAUUCAGUUAUCCAUAGCACGGUGUGCACCAGAUUACUUCAUGUGUUGCUUUUAACUUACCCCAUAGUGUUUAGUGCGUAGACAUUCAGGAAUCAUAAGUUAGGCAUAGUAUUGUAUUUAUAGUUAUUUAUCAAAUAAAAAAUCCCUAGAUGUAUGUAUUUUUCA